CGAAUUUGAAUUAAAAAUUUGACGCUUUCUCGUUGAGGAAAUUUUGAUGUCAAAUUUUUGAGUGCCGUGCUUUGUGGAUUGACUGAAUACUUAGGUUUGGUUUCGAUCUUUGGAUUUUCAUGAUUUUGAUAAUGAAUCCCCGUUCAACAUCACCGUAACACAGGACAGAUGACAAGGAAGAGACAGUGGUGUUGUGACAAAAUGUGCAACUGUUGUGCUGCGUGAGCCGUGCUGUGCUGUGUACGAUGGCGUGUGUUAGACUGUUGGUGUUGUUGCUGGUAGCGGCUGUUGGUUGUGCUUUGGGUUGUAAUUUCUACCCGGUGGGCGAGUACCUCAAGUUUGUGAGGAUACCAGAGAACCUGGAAGUUGGAGAUGAGGUGCUCAGGGUCGAGGUACAUCCCAGAAAGAACCUGAGCGUGCAGCCGGUAGACCGGGAGGAAGACGCCCAGCUGUUCACGUAUAGAGACGUGAACCGCACGCACGUGUCCAUCGUGCUGGCGCAGAGCCUCGACCAGCUGGUGGACAGCGACACGCCGCAGAACGUCGUCAAGUUCCGGCUCGGCUGCGACUUCGAUACCGGCGAUGAUCUGAUAUCGGCCUACCUGUCUGUGACGGUGUACAUUGAGGACAUCAACGACAACACUCCCAAGUUUCUGGACACCCCGUAUAGAGUCACUGUGGAUGAACUUACGCCUACAGGUCUGACGAUCUUCAAAGGCAUCCGCGCGUUCGACCGCGACAAGCCGAACACCCCUAAUUCGGACGUCCAAUACAGCAUCACAUCAGGAAACGUCGAUAGCCACUUCUCUCUGGAGAGCAGUCACAAACCUGGCCUGGUGUUGAGGAGACAGCUGGACUACGAUGCCGGGGAUAAGGAGUUUACUCUCGUUGUUACUGCCUCAGAUCGAGGGUCGCCCCCUCGUAGCGCCAACACCACCGUCCACAUCACCGUACAGGAUAACGACGAUCUUCCACCGAAAUUCACUUCAGAUGUCUACAAGACUCAGAUACCUGAGUUUUAUCCAAUACUGGGUAAACGCAUCCACCGGGAGUUGGAGUUCACGACGCCCAUCCGCGCUGUGGACCAGGACUCGGGGGUGAUGUCUCCCGUGCGCUACGAGCUGGUCUCCGGCAAUGAGAGGAAGCUGUUCUCUCUCAACUCCAUCAACGGGACUCUCUUCCUCGACCGCGAGAUUGACUUGGACGCGGAGACUGCACUGCCUGGAAAUACGUUCUCCCUUCAAAUCCAAGCGGCGCAGGUGGACAAUCCGCUGAAAGCUGCGCAGGCGCGCGUCGAGGUCGAGAUCCUGGACCUCAACGACAACCUCCCUGAGUUCGAGGUGGACUUCUACAACAUUAGUAUUGUGGAGAAUCUGCCUAAUGGUUUCAGCGUGCUGCAAGUGAUGGCAUCAGACAAAGACCAGGGAGACAACGGAGAGUUCACGUACCAGCUGAAUGACCCGCAGGGGGCCUUCUCCAUCGACCCUCGCACUGGCUGGCUCACUGUUAGGAACCAGACGGUGUUAGACAGAGAAGAACAUGCGUCUCUAAGAAUGAAAGUGUAUGCCAAAGAAAAGAACCCGAGCGUCGUGGGAACCUUCCUCGACAAGCAUCGUCUUUCAAAAUGGCGCCGGAACACCAAGCCUCUACCAUUCAAACAAGAUAGAACCACAUACGUUUUUCCCGAUAAACUUGGCACUAAGAACGAAAACAUAGAAUACUUCGAAGAUAUUCAUCAAUUAAUGUCUUUCGUGACAGUUGAAGUUACCCUUCUGGACGCAAACGAUAAUAAUCCAGUAUUCGUACCGAGUAACUUGUAUGAAUUCGCAAUAAAAUCUGAUGCUAAAGUGGGAACGUAUAUUGGUAGAGUAAAAGCUGUAGAUCCAGAUUUAGGAAGAAACGGAAUAGUCCUGUAUGAUUUGCAGAGAACCAGUAACCUUACAAUUACAUCACCAUUCCAAGUCGACGCAAAAAGUGGAAGUAUUAUUUUAGCAGAAACACCUUUAGCUGAAGGGAGACACGCUGUGUUCAUUGAAGCAUCAGAUCAACCAGCCAAUCCUAGCGAGAGAAGAUAUUCUCUAGCUGUUGUUACAAUUGAUGUCAUCAGAGGUACCAAAGGUCUCAAUGCAGAUAGACCGGAUUUCAUAGGAGCUCCUUAUGAGUUUUGGGUUGGCUCAAAUGUUGGUGUUGGCACUAGCGUAGGCCAAAUAAAGGUUAACGAUGCUAUGGAUCAGAAAGAUGUUGCUUAUGAUUUACUACAUAGUUAUGAAGAAGGAGUGCCGUUUGCUGUGGAAGAGAAAUCUGGAGUUAUUACAGUAAUUGAUGAAUUGACAAAAUAUAAUCAACCUAUUUAUGAUUUUGAAGCUGUAGCAAUUCAAGAAUCCUCAAACAAGACUAUUUCGACUAAUGCAACAGUGCAUGUUGUUGAUGUUAAUGAUGAAAGAGGCGUUUUGUUAAAAGGAGCUCAUUUGCCACUCAUAUUCCAUGUGAGAGAAAAUAUUGCUGGAGCUACCAUUGGAUCAAUUUUCCCAGUCAAUAUUAGUUCACUACCAAUAAACAGUACUGGAAACAUUCGUUUCAUAAUCGCCAACCAACAAGAUAUUGCAGAUGAUAUUGCUAUAGGAGAGGACGGGACAAUAUUUACCCAAAAGCCGUUGGACAGAGAAAAACGUGAUGUUUACAGAAUGACUGUCAUCGCAGAAUUUUCUAAAGGAAUGAUUUCCGGUGCUGGUAUUUAUCAAGUAACUGUUCAUGUAGAUGACGAUAACGAUAACCCACCAGUCUUUGAAAUGCCAUCUUACGAAGGUGUUAUAGCCGAAAAUGCCCCAAAAGGCACAGAAGUAGAAAUGACUAAUACAAUUAAAGCCAAAGAUGCUGAUGUCGGACCAAACGCUUUCUUUAAGUAUACGCUUUUUGGUGAAGGACAUGAAUUAUUUGAUGUUGAGGAAACUACGGGAGUUGUUACCUUCAUUGGUAAAAAAUUAGACCGAGAAGAAAAAAGUAUGUAUAUAUUAAAAAUAGUAGCGAGAGAUAGAGGUAGUAUGAGCUCGGAAGCCAAGCUUACUAUAACGGUUAUGGAUGAAAAUGAUGAUCCACCAAAGUUUAAUCAAAUAGUCAUACCUUUAGGAGAAAACAUAGAGCUGUUAGAAGUCGAUGACAGAGGUAAAGUAAAAAUUUUCAAAGAAAAGAAAAAUGAGCCUGGAAGUGGUGUUACAAAAGUAGAAGCAAAACCAAAGAAUAAAUUUUCGGUGAUUAGAGAUUCUAUGGGUCCACAGUUCUUAAUUCCUGAAAACGUUGCCAUUGGUUCCACCAUUUUGAAAUUAAAUGCAAUAGAUAUGGAUAGUGGUGUAAAUGGUCAAGUUAGAUAUGAAUUUAUUUCCGAAGUUUUUAUGCCAGCAUUUCCAGUGCCACAGAACUCUUUGCCAGUGAAAAGGUUCUUUGUAAUUAAUGAACGACACGGCCAUAUAAUAGUUGCAAGAGCUUUGCCUCCCGAGGCUGAAUUCAGAUUAAAUAUAUCUGCCAUAGACGGUGGUGAUUUAAGUGAUCACAUGUCUGUUCGACUGUACAUAAAAGAUGUCAAUGAUCAUUUUCCUAUGUUUAAAAAAUCUUGGUAUAAUUUCAACGUGGAGGAAGCCCAGUAUACUCGAAGAGUUUUGGGAAAAGUUGAUGCUACAGAUGCAGAUUUCGGCCAAAAUGCGAAUUUAACUUACUUUAUACAACCAUCAAGCAGAGAUAUACCAUUUGAAAUCUCACCACUAACUGGAGUUUUUAGUGUUAAUGGUGAACUGGAUAGAGAAAGGGAAGAUAAAUACAUUUUAACUGUAGUAGCUAGAGAUAAUGGUCAAGAUAAGAAAUUAUCGUCAUCGGUAAGCGUUGAAGUUCAAGUUUUAGAUGUCAAUGAUAAUGCUCCCAAAUUCUUUGGAUAUGAUGAGUUACUUGAAUGGAAACACCCAGAAGCCACAGAAUUUUCAAACCAUAACUUUGAAUCUGUAAGAAUGAUACCGGUAUACAAAGCAUCUUUAGAAGAAAAUGCACCGGUUGGAACUAUAGUUACAAAAGUAUAUGCAAAUGACUCUGAUUUUAUUGGCAAUGGAAAUGGCCUUAUUCUGUAUAGUCUACCACAACGUAAAAAUCAGAUGAAUAUAUUUGCUAUAGAUUCUAAAGAAGGAAUUAUAACGACAAUUGGAAGACUAGAUUACGAAACACAGUCUAUGCAUAAUGUUACUAUAGUCGCUUCAGAUUUAGGAUCACCAAGUCUUAGUUCUACAGCAAUUUUGCAAUUGAAAGUAAAAGACGUUCCAGAUGACGUGGAAAUGUCAGACAAACCGGUAUUCAUAUCAAGAUACUAUGAACUAGAAAUAGAGGAAAAUGUUCACACUCCUAUUGAACUACUAACCUUGAAUUUAACAGAGUAUUACGAAAACUUUAAAAUGAAGUACUUUAUAUUGAAUGACAAUGAUACCGACGUGAAGAAAUCAUUCAUUAUUGACCCUAGAAAUGGCACAUUGUACUUGGUACGAAGUCCAGAUAGAGAAGUGAAAGACAUGUACGAGAUUUUAGUAAGAGCUGAAAGGCAAAAGAUAAGUCGUGAGUUGCCUCACAUGAUUUAUCCUGUUUCUGAUGACGUUUUGGAAGGAAUGACGAAGUUUGAUGUGAAAAUCAUCGUGAGGAUAAAAGACAUAAAUGACAAUGCUCCAAAAUUCGUCAAUGGUGGCAGACCUAUGGUGACUGCUAUUCCUACUACUGCUGCUUUUGGAUAUCAAGUAAUACAGUUGCAGGCAACCGACGCAGACGCAGGCAUCAACGCAGAUAUUCGGUACCAGAUCAUAAACGCGCAGUCUCCUCGGUUUGCUAUCGACCCUGUCACUGGUCUUGUUAGGGCAGUGUCGUCUUUCACCAGAGACGCUGGCAGAGUCUUCGGUUUCGACGUGAAAGCUACGGACAAGAAAGGCGCUGAUGAUGGGAAAUCUGCUAUUGCUAAUGUUUUUGUAUACGUGCUAGAUGAAAACAAACAGCUGGUGCUGGUGGUGGGAGCCAAGCCGAUGGAGGUAGAGAAAGAGAUGGAGAACAUCACCCGCACGCUGACUAGUCUCACCGGGUUCGACAUCCGAGUGAGACGGCUGGAAUCCAACUUGAAGGCUUCUAUGGACGGCCUUGCGACUGAUAUGUACAUUUAUGGGGUGGAUCCGAUGUCGAAUGCGAUCAUUGAUAUGGAUGUUUUGCAAAGAUCCCUCUUGAAACGUGAGGUUGACCUCCGCCACGACCUAGCUGGCUUCAAGGUCUUAGAAGUGGGAGACACGGCUAUGGUCCAGGCUAGGAGUGGAAGACUCCUCAGCACUAUGGAGAUCAGUGUGGUGGCACUGGGUUGCAUCGUCUUUGUCGGAGCCUGCACCACUGCCAUUUGUAUACUCUGUGUCCGUAGAAGCAGAAGAAAGCGUCACAAACCAUAUUCCCAGCAACGCCUUAACGCUUUCUCCACUGAGCACUUAACUAAAUACGGAGGUCUCUUUCCAUCGGGAGCCAAUCAGUGCCAAGAGUUGAACCAGUCUUACAGCGAGGCGGACUCGUACAUCGACGUGAUCAACCACAAUGUUACCAAGAAGAUAUGCCCCCACGGAAACACUAUUGAGGAAUUUGGGAAAGCGCAUCAGAAAUGUGUCAAGAACCAAUUCGGAGAACCUGAUUUUUUCCAAAAACACGAACGGAUGUGCAUCAAGUUCAACCAGCGACCGUUGCAGAAAAGGAAGGGGCAGGAUACGUCCAUAACGUCCGUCAAUUCCAGUGGCCAGGACUCCGGCAUAGCUGAGGCUGUCAGGUGUCCUUGUGGCCAGUCCAGUCUGCACACUUCUGAAGAGAGCAGCGGCUGCAGCUACGAAGACUCUCUCAAAUCCAAUCAGCGCCAUGAAGCAAGAAAGCAGUUCAGGGAUGACCAGCGUUUCCUCCGCCGAGCCUCCUUCACCCACCAACCCCUCGACACGAGACACCGGUUCAACCACAGGCGGCAAUCCUUCUCGGAGAACAUGCAACGACACUUCCCCCCCUUCGAAAGAGUCGGCUCCGUCAUGACCAGGCAAAUCUCCACACCAAAUAUUACAAAUAUGACUCCUUACUUCAUGAACAAGAAAAGGAGAAAAGAAGUGGUGGAGCCGAUGAUUGACUACGAUCAGAGUGAUGGAGAUGAUGUGUUUGACACGAGGAUUGAUAGGAGGAUGAGUGGGAGGGGUAAGAGGAACAAGUUUAUGGAGCUAGGAGGACAGGCAGCGGUGUUUGUGGCGAGCCCGGCGGCGGCGGAGAUUAUGAGGAGGCAAGGAAGUGACAGGUUCCUGUUUGCGAGACCUUUGCCGUUAUAGUACAGCAUUUUUGUUGGUAUUAGAAACUGUGACUAAUAUGGAGAAAGCAGUCGAAAAUGAUUAAAAACAAGAAACAAACUAAAUAAUGAAAACCAAACUGUGAAUAAUGUUACUGGAAUCAAUAUGAAUUCCUCAACCGUUCUACGACCGAUUCUCCAUUGGACUAUACGUCGAAGGACGAUACAUUUAUUUCCGUUUCCCCAGCAGAGUCUUUCGCCUAUAAACAUUUGAUCGUCAUCUACGUCACACAUUGUGAAUUUGUAUCGAAAAAUCGCGCGAGAUAUAUUUCUGUUAACAACUACUUGUUAGAAACUUGAAUUUGAUCAUUUCAAUCGCAACGAGUUGGUUUAUUUGCGAUCGUACUGGACGUCAAAAGGCUAAAGAACUGUAAUUUGAAACUUAACUUUAUAGAUACCAUUUUUGGCACAGCACAAAGUAAAUGAAGCAUUUUUGAUAAUUACACUUUUUUA